AUGAGUGAUCUAUUUAAUUUCGCUGGAUUGACCGGAGGUAGUACUCUUUUUGACACUGGAGACGUUAUAGAGCAUCGAGCAAUCCACGAUGAUAGAGAAAAUGACCAUUGCGAGCAGAGGGCCACAGAGUUUACAAGCAGCUGUGGUAAAGUUGUAAAAUUAAGAAAGAAGAAGGUGUCAGUAGCUGAGGGGCUGGAUGCAACGCGUCUCGGGUACGCCAAAAGCGCCUGGAGAAAUGACGAGACCUACGGGAUCAAUAUCAAUGCAUUAUUGGACAGGAUUGAAGCGAAAAAUGAGGCCAAAGGGGGCUUAAGUUCUCGUUAUCAAACUCACUCGAAGCGCCAUAGAAGUGAAUUGCUGGUUGAGAAGUGGCGCCCUAGAAACUUUCUUGAUCUUGUAGGAAACGAUAAGACCAACCGAAGAAUUCUGCGAUGGCUGAGACAAUGGUCGCCGUGUGUAUUCAACGAAGCCCUACCUAGGGGUCCUCAGAAGAAACCGCAAGAGAAUACAGAAGACAAUUCAGAAGACGAGGAGUUGUUAGAUCCUUUACAGAGACCGCAGAAAAGGAUCUUAUUGAUACACGGCCCUCCCGGCGUGGGUAAAACAUCUGUAACGCAUGUUGUUGCUAAGCAGGCUGGAUUCUCAGUGGUUGAGAUCAAUGCGAGCGAUGAAAGGGCAGGUACCGUGGUUAGAGACAAAACGCAUAAUACACUUUUCAAUCACACCUUCAAUGAAAGUGCAGUGUGCCUCGUUGCGGAUGAAAUAGAUGGGAGUGUGGAGAGCGGUUUUAUAAAAGUGUUGAUAGACAUUGUAAGUAAUGAUGCUAAGGCCACACAAAAGCUGAUAUUGGGGUCACAAUUGAAGGUUAAAUCAAAAAAGAAGAAAAAAAGCUCUAAAAUGCUACUUAGACCAAUAAUAGCGAUUUGCAAUAACUUGUACGCACCUGCAUUAGAAAAAUUGAAGCCUCAUUGCGAAAUAAUCUCGUUCAAAAGACCGUCCGAUAGCUCGUUGCAAGAGCGGUUAGAGAGAAUUUGCCAGAUAGAAAAUUUGGAAAUUGCACCAAAGACACUCAAGGAAUUAAUGGAUCUUUCUCAAGGUGAUGUCCGAAGUUGCAUUAACAACUUACAGUUCUUAUCAUCUAAUCAGGAGUUUAAUUCUGAAGUGCAGGUCGGGGUUGCAAAUAAGUUGGAGUCAAGCUCGAAGGAUUUUUCCACGUCUUGGUUUCGAAUAUGCAAUGCUUUGUUUCGAAAAGAUCCUCGAGCGGAUCCCAAGUCUGAAAUAAAAGAACUGACACGACAGGUUGAAUUGAAUGGAAACUAUGAGAGGCUUGUACACGGAUGUCAUUCUCUGUACCUUCUUGAAAAGUAUUCCGAUAAUGGCCUGAUGAAGCCUGCAGCUCUUUCUGAUUGGCUAAUUUUCCAUGAUCUUAUGUUUAAAUCAUUAUUUGACCAUAACGGCGAGUUAUUAAGGUACUGUUCUAUUACUCCACUGGCGUUUUAUAAUUAUUUCUCAGAUAUAGCAAACAGGGAAGAUAUGAGAAUAAAAAACUCGGAUUUUGAGUUUAAAGAGAAGCAGAAAAGUAAUUUGGACGUCUGUAGACUGCUACAACAUAGAAUUACUGUGAAUAUGCCAUCUAGAGCACCUUUUAUCAGUCAGCAAUCCUUGAUAUCCCACAUAUUACCUUUUGUUGACUAUAUGCUUUCUUCAGAUGUCAACAAAUGCCGAGAUUUGAAGCUGAGACAAUCAAUAUAUGAUCUGAUGGUGGGUGUUUUGAGGGAGUUUCAACUGACAUUACAACCUAAAUAUCACGAAGGUCUAGAAACGAGAAAUUUACUGGGAAUCGAACCGCCUAUAGAGAACAUUGUCUUACUCGAUGAAAAACGCCAGAAGGAAACCCUCACUAAAAGACCACCGAUCUACAAUGUUCUACUAGCAAAGUCAGAGGAAAGCAAGGCUAGAAAAAGACACAGAGAUCAAGUAACAAGAGAAAAGGACAAAAACCUUGAAAUUAGAAGCAAAAAAGCGAAGUCCGGUGCUAAUUCGGUGGAUUUCUUCAAAAUUCAGUAUGGGUUGGGCGACAAGAGGCAGCCUGACUCCAAAGCGGCAGUCAAUGAUAAACUCAAUAAAAGGGAAAAGAAAGAUGGCGUGAGGAUUUGGGUCAAAUACAAAGAAGGAUUUUCAGACGCGGUCAGGAAGAAUGUGUCUUGGAAGGAUCUUUGGUCAUAA